AUGGCAUUCUUGCUCAUGCUUUUUCUCUUUAUCCUUUUUAUCUCUUGUUCUUAUGCUCUUGCAUCUUCUACUACUGCCUUUCUCAAUGCCUUGGACCUCCUCUCAUCCUCUGGAUAUCUCUCCAUGGCAUUAACCCUUCAAAUCAUUUCCAAAUCUCUCAAUCUUGAUUCAUCGGCUGCAACAAUAUUUGCUCCAUGUGACCAUGCUUUUGUAAGAUCUGGCCAACCUUCCAUUCUUAAGCUCCAAUAUCACAUUUCACCAAUGAGACUCACCAGGGAUGGCCUCAAUGCUCUUCCUAUUGGCACAAGAAUACCCACGUUGUUGCCAAAUCAUUCCUUGGUUGUUACAUCUUCUUCUUGCGCCACUUUCAACACCAAGUUGUCCAUUAAUGGUGUUUCGAUCCAAGAAUUGGCCAUUCUUGAUAAUAGGUCUGUGGUAAUAUAUGGGAUCAAUCAUUUCUUUAAUGAUUCUUUCGAGAUUCCUCUUAAUUUGGCACCAGCAAUGGGUCCUAGUUCGAUGACUGGUUUUAGUAAUGAGUCCGAGAAUGGAUCAUCUGUGCUUGGCGUUGAUUCUUUUCGUCCCGCUUCAGAAUUUCUAGUUUCUAGAGGUUAUUCAAUAAUGGCCACAUUUCUUGAUUUGCAGCUGUUCGGGUUUAGGAAUGAAACCAGAUUGACAAUUUUCACUCCAACUGAUGAAGCAAUUGAAGCAUAUGCGAGGAAUAUUAAUGAUUACUCGUUCAUAUUUCGAGGACAUGUUGUUCCUGGAUUGUUUUCAUGGCAGGAUCUGGUUUGGUUAAAUGAUGGAACAAGUUUGCAAACUUUUGCUGGAGGGUUUGUGAUCAAUGUUACUAGGUCUGGUGAUGUGGUUGCUCCAAAUGGGGUUUUAGUUAUUUUUCCAGACAUGUACUACAGUGAGGGGCUGAUCAUGCAUGGCCUUAAUGGGUUGCUUAUGAAGCAGGAGAAGUUAGGAGAUUCAUUCUCAGCACUGAAUGGGGAAGAUAAUCUUAAUCAACCUGAUUAUGGUGAAAAUGGAGCACUAUGA